CACAGCAAUCUGGACCUUCCUCAACUCUCGCUCCCAACUGAAUCGAUUGGAAAACAGCCUGCCUAGCUACAAUGAUGUCCUCAUCGUCACCAUCGUCAAACGUGGUCGCCGCCGCCGCCGUGGGAUCAUCAUCGUCCCAAGGAGGAGGAGCUGCUGCUGCUGCUGCUGCUAAUGAUGUGACCUUUAAGGCGGAUGUUGUGGUGUCACCAAAUCCCUCCAUAGCCGAAGCUCUGGCGACAGCCCCGCCGCCGCCCGCUCCAUUCGGGAUUCACGUCAUGGCCGGGACGUACGAAGAGUACGUCACCAUCAGCAGGAGCAACGUCACCUUGUUCGGAGAUGGCAUCGGGAACACCAUCAUCACCGGAAAGCGCAAUCGUGCUGACGGCCCCACCACCUCUGACACCGCCACCCUCAGUAAGUANGCUGCUGCUGCUAAUGAUGUGACCUUUAAGGCGGAUGUUGUGGUGUCACCAAAUCCCUCCAUAGCCGAAGCUCUGGCGACAGCCCCGCCGCCGCCCGCUCCAUUCGGGAUUCACGUCAUGGCCGGGACGUACGAAGAGUACGUCACCAUCAGCAGGAGCAACGUCACCUUGUUCGGAGAUGGCAUCGGGAACACCAUCAUCACCGGAAAGCGCAAUCGUGCUGACGGCCCCACCACCUCUGACACCGCCACCCUCAUUGUGGAGGGAGUAGAGUUCAUUGGUGCAUAUAUGACGGUGCGGAACGAGUCGGGCCCGCAGAAGAACCAGGCGGUGGCGAUGAGGGCGAGCGCCAACCACGUCGCCUUCUACAAGUGCAGUUUCGAAGGGUACCAAGACACGCUCUACCCUGAAAAGGGGAAUCCGUUCUACAAGAAAUGCCAGAUCUACGGCACCAUAGACUUCAUCUUCUCCCAGAGCGGCAGGGUGGUCCUCCAAGACUGCGGCAUCCACGUCCGCGACCCCCGCCCCAAGACCACCAACACCAUCACGGCCGACGGCAGGGAUGUGCCCGACGACAUCAACGGCGGCGGGAUAUGCAUCCACCGCUGCCAGAUCUUGGCCACGCCGGAGCUCCUCCGGGCCAUGGCGGAGGAGAAGGCGGCCGGUGGGAGCAUAGAGUCGUACUUGGGACGCCCGUGGAAGAAGUACUCCCGCACCGUCAUCAUGAGGACUAACAUUGAAGGCGGCUUCCUGAACCCCGCUGGAUGGACGAAGUGGCCCGGUGCCCCAGACGAUACGUAUAACACGGUCUACUACGUCGAGUACCAAAACUCCGGGGACGGGGCGGCCACCGACGGACGGGUCGCCUGGAAAGGCUACAUUAGGGAUGGCUUUGACCCUUCAAAGUUCACCGUCGCCGCAUUCAUCGACGGCAACUCCUGGCUCCCGGCCACCGGUAUUCCCUUCACUCCAGGCCUGCAGGAUGAUGAUGAACCUGCUGCUGCAGCCCAUCCAUCUGAUCCUCUGUCCAUCCAUGACCCAUAACUCCAUAAGCCCAGCAUAGCCCGGCUUUUAUUUAUUUAUUUAUUUAUUUAUUUAUUCAUUAGUCGCAAUUAAAACAGCUAGCGUAUC